GGACAGCAGUAGAGUGUGACUGGCAGGGGAGAGCCUCUGAUGGGCCUGAGGAGGCAGUUUGAUGCAGCCCGGACUGACUUUUUUAUAUAUAUAUAUUUUUUUACCUUUUGGAGCCACUCCUGGGAGAAAGUUGAAGAGGUGCACGUCUUUCAGCAAGUCCACUUGAAUCUGUCAACCGGCAGACAACACAAAACGUUGCGCUGAAACCCACCAUGGGCAAGACGGGACAUAGUACGGUGGACCUGAACUCCCCGUCUGACGUCAAACAAGCGGUUCCCUUCGAGGAACUGGACCUGGCGUCUCCCCCUAUGGACCGAGAGACGAAAGAGGAGGAGCCCCCUGAUCGAGGAAGCUGGAAGGGCAAAUUUGACUUCCUGCUGUCCUGCGUGGGAUACGCCAUCGGCUUAGGGAACGUGUGGAGGUUCCCGUAUUUGUGCGGCAAAAACGGCGGAGGAGCCUUCCUGAUCCCGUACUUUAUGACGCUGGUGUUUGCUGGCAUGCCGCUCUUCUUCCUGGAGACGUCCCUGGGACAGUUCACCUCGGUGGGAGGCCUGGGAGUGUGGAAGCUCAUGCCCAUGAUGAAAGGGGUGGGUCUGGCUGCAGUGGUUCUGUCCUUCUGGCUCAACAUCUACUACAUCAUCAUCAUCGCAUGGGCACUCUACUACUUGUUCAACUCCUUUGGUUCGGAGCUCCCAUGGCAAAACUGCGACAAUCCCUGGAACACGGAUCAAUGUUUCUGCAACUACAGCCUGACGGACACCACCAACCUAACCAGCGCCGUCACAGAGUUCUGGGAGCGAAACAUGCACCAGCUGUCCGGUGGUCUGGAGGAGCCAGGAGAGCUGCGUUGGCCCCUGGUGGGCACCCUGGCACUGGCUUGGGUCCUCGUCUAUUUCUCAAUCUGGAAGGGAGUGGAGUGGACGGGGAAGGUGGUGUACUUCUCAGCCACUUAUCCUUACUUCAUGCUCUUCAUCCUGUUCUUCCGAGGCGUCACCCUGCCUGGAGCCAUCGACGGCAUCCGCUUCUACAUCACCCCGGACUUCAAUAAGCUCACACGCUCGGAGGUGUGGUUGGACGCCGCCACUCAGAUCUUCUUCUCGUACGGUCUGGGCCUGGGCUCGCUCAUCGCCCUGGGGAGCUACAACAACUACAACAACGACGUCUACAAAGACUCCAUCAUCGUGUGCUGCAUCAACUCCUGCACCAGCAUGUUUGCAGGCUUCGUCAUCUUCUCCAUCGUGGGCUUCAUGUCCUUCAUCACCAAGAAGCCCGUGCAGGAACUCGCCGCUUCAGGUCCCGGUCUGGCGUUCUUGGCCUACCCUCAGGCGGUCACCCAGCUGCCCAUGUCAUCUCUGUGGGCCAUCCUCUUCUUCUCCAUGCUCAUGAUGCUGGGCUUAGACAGUCAGUUCUGCACGGUGGAAGGUUUCAUCACAGCUCUCAUGGACGAGUAUCCCCUUCUGCUGAGGAAAAGGAAGAAGGUCUUCAUCCUCAUCGUGUGCUUCAUCUCCUUCAUCAUCGGCUUCUCCAACAUCACGCAGGGGGGACUGUACGUCUUCAAGCUCUUCGACUACUACUCGGCCAGCGGGAUGUGCCUCCUUUUCCUCGUCUUCUUCGAAACGGUCUCCAUAGCUUGGUUGUACGGGGCCGAGAGGUUUUACAAGGACAUCGAGGACAUGAUCGGCUAUCGCCCGUGCGCCUGGUGGAAACUUUGCUGGAUGUAUUUUACGCCGCUCAUCUGCCUGGGCGUGUUCACCUUCAGCGCGGUGGAGAUGACGCCUCUGACUCUGGGAAAGUACGUUUAUCCUGUUUGGGGUCAAACCGUGGGCUGGUUGAUGGCUACGUCCUCCAUGGUGCUCAUCCCGGGUUACGUCGUCUACAUGUUCUGCAGCACGCCGGGAACCCCCCAGCAGCGCUGGAAAAGGAUGACAACGCCCCGGCAGGACAAAGCAUCAGGUCACGACCUUAGUACUCACACUGUUGGCGAAGCCCCUGUCUAACACUCGCUAUACAAAUAUUCUAUAUAUAUAUAAAUAUUCACCUUAAACUUCUUAAUUGUUCACUGCUUCAACGUGCAAACUACGACAGCAAGUGUCAUUAAAAGUCAAUAAUGUUUUUUUUUUGUUUACGUGAAAGAACAAAUGACAAAAACAAUUAUAAACUACAAAAACAUUUAUUUUUUUUCCCCAAGAAAACAAAUAAUUAAGUAUUUUUCGGACUAAAUAGAGUAGAUAAAAUGUGUACCCGGUGAAGUGUUGUGUGAGAUGUAAUACAAAAAAAGUACUUGAACGUUACAUUAGUUGAAUCAAUCAUAAGCAAUACGCAUUUUCAUUAGGGGCGUCCCGAUACAACUUGUUCAUUUCCAAUACAAUAAUGACAUUGAAGUCUUCAGUAUUGACCGAUACUUGUAUUGAUCCGAUAGGAUAUCAGCAAGAAUCAUUGUAUUAUUUGGCAGUGUGGAAUAUUAGAAAGGGUUUGUUCAACUGAAAUGAGUGAAACAGAGAGCAAUGGUGGGUAUGAAACUAUUUAUUAUUGACCGUCUGGAAUGGACUUAUGCUGUCUUUAAGGUGAAGUGGAGGGAUUAUUGUUUUUUUUGGCAACACCUCGUGGUCACAAUAAUUCAUGAAGUUAAGGGCAAACGUUGAAUGAUGCAAACACGUUUGUUACUGGAUACUUUCUAAUACGCUUCUGCCUUGGAGACUUUGUAUGUGUACGUAAUAUGUAAGUAUGAUUAUUUGAUACUUGUUUAUAUUGACUAAUGUGAUUGUUCAAUGAAAAACGCUUAUAAUGUA